GCUAACUUCUCUAUAUUAUAUAAUCUGCACUAUUAAUUAAUACAUGAUUUUAAAAUGGGUGAUCAUUAACGCUAAAAUGAAAGUAUUUUAGGAGAGUUCCAACACACGCACGCACGCAAUGUGGACUAUAAGAACGCGGAUGUAAUUAAUGCAACUUAAAAACAGUGGAAUGCCAUAUAGUAAUCACACAUACAGUUUUCUACGGAUUUAUCAAAUAUUUUACAAGGUCUACAGUCCAAUUGAUAGAAAUAGGCAAACACUUUUGAAAGGGAUAAAAACACAAUCAGCAAGAUAAAAAGUCAGAAGAUUAUGGGGAUGAUAAGAUCAAAUAAUGCACUAAGGAGAUCAAGGUGGUUGAUUCUUGCCAUAUCGCUGGUGAUAAUAUUUACGUUCACGUUUUACGUUACGAGCAUGUCCAACAGUUCACGUCAUAUAUUGCUUGCACGACUAGAAACAACUGAAUUUAUAAUGAGUUCUAGUUAUCCUCCUAAGAUAUAUGGUAUUGAUGACCCGCAUGAUCCUCGGUUUUACAACAUCAUACCUGAAGAGGAAGCACUCAUGUUUGAGCCUUGUCAAGAUGUAAAGCAAGCCGCUUCAGCACUACACUCGAAGAUAUCUCUGACAGUUGAUGCCAAUGGAACUUACAAUGUCGGCGAUGAAAUUCGAACUAUUGUCACUCUAUACGAUGGUUAUGGUAAACGUAAAGAUUCUGGUGGAGAUCAUCUGAGAGCAACAUUAGAAAACAAAGACCUUAAGGUGUCAGCCCCUUGUGUGGUUACAGACAACAGAGAUGGCACGCAGAUGGUGGCAUGUGUCGCGCUAUGGAGCGGGACGUCAACAAUAAAUGUUGUUUUAGCUUAUGCAAGGGAGACAAUUACAACCAAUUAUCGAAUACGUACACAGGUCUUGGCUACAAGAAACCUAUAUGGAAUGUUCAAAAGUAGGACUUUCAGCGAAGAGACUACCUGUCAUCCCAACCACACUUAUCUAUUGAAACACAUUAACUACUCAGAACUGUGUAACAUGACUUACAUGAACUCAGGUAUGCCGUUAUAUUGCGGUAAACCAAAGGAUGAGCACUUGCUGUGCCAAGACUGGCAGCUCGUGAGAACGCAUGAGCCAUAUCCGAAACUUCAAGUUACAGAAUGUGAGCAAACUCUUUUGGAAAGCGGACAACAUGCAUUGAAGCAAACUUUAAAGGUUACUGUACAUAACAACAAUGGAAACAAUCCUGUCACUUUUAUUGAGAAACCAACACUGCCAUGUUCAAUGUACAAUAUUUCCCUUCUAUGGCGGUCUAGAGGACUAACUGGAUACUUCCACAACGGAAAAUGGAUUCUGCGUAACUGUCUCGGUUUUCAACAGAAUCUUCCUACGACGUGUCUAAAGAAUACGAGGUUAUACUUAAUUGGUGAUUCUACGAUUAGAGAUUGGUAUACAGCAAUCAUUAGGCGUUUUAAAUGUCAACCUACUACAGAAAAAUGGCUGAAGGAAAAAUGGCAUAAAGAGGCAGAGUGUCACAAUAAGCAAAUUAAUUUUAAAGCGGGAUGGUAUCCGCACGCUCAACCAUUCUUUGUCGGACAAGCUUGGGACGAAGUGCGUUACACAUUAUACUCCACUGCUCGACGUAUUGACAACAUGCCACGGAAUGAACGUACUAUUAUAGUUUUACAUUUAUACAUGCAUAUGUUAGCCUUUCAUCAUAGCGUUUUUAAACAAAGAAUGGAAAUAAUUCGUGAAAGCGUCAAAAAGUUUUUAACAUAUAAUAAACAGUCAAUAGUUAUGAUAAAGGGACCACAUACAUUCGAAGGCACACCAGCUGGAGGGUUUAGACUCGGUGACUAUUUUGGUUAUGUCUACAGUAAAAUUUUAUAUGAAGUAUUUGAAGGAUUACAUGACCGAGUUGUUUUGUUGAAUAAUAGAGACACUACUAUAGCUGAGCACGAGAAGUGGAAUCAUCCGCCCGACAAUAUUGUAAAUGCUAUGGUAGACCAAAUGCUAAGCUAUGCUUGUGGUCAGUGAACGUUACAUAUUUCGACUUGAAUUUAAGGUUUAACGAUGUGUCGAUCUUAAGUAGUGGAAAGUGUAAUGCCUACAAAGAGAUACAUUUUACAAAUACACAGGUUUUUAUAGUAAGAUAUGAAACAAUAUCACAAAAUCUACGACAGAACAUUUGCUGAACAUGAAUAGUCAAGCUUGCUCGGCAGACCACCUCUCUAAAGAGACCAUUUGUAUAAAGAGAGCACCUUUUAAGUUACUUUUUGAGUUGUUGAAAAAGAAAAUAUCUUAUAGAGAUCAUCUUUGUUAUGUGACCAUUUUUGAGGUGGUCCCUUGAUACGAGCUGUACUGUUUAAUGGUAUUGUGGUUCAAUACUAUGGCAGUAGAUUUGUGUUCGAUAUUAUAUUAUGUUCAAUAAUUGGACACAUGCGUUUAGUUGUUUAUAUUUCUGUUCGAUUAUCGCAUACAAAUAAUUAUUUUCAUGUUACGUUUGUUCGAUGAUAAAAACAUGUAUUUGGUUAUCGCAGAGACUUUGAUUUUAACUUUAUUUGAUUAUAUUUAUUAUAUUUAUAUUCCAAUAAUCGAAGACAUAUGAGAAUAUGAAUAGAAUGUUUUUAAUACUUGGGUAGUACCAUGCCUAUUUUGUAUAGCUCAGCAUUUGUGUGGCUACCUUUUAGUUACGUCUUACUAACCGAUCAGCACGCAUUCCUCUGUUAUACAUGUAUGUAGUAUAUUACUUAACUCGAUUGCUGUAUAUGACAAUAUCCAUUUAUGGCAUACAGACACUAAAUAGAAAAAUGGCGCGAAAAAAAUGGUAGUCGCAUAAUGGCGGAUACAAAUAGUCCUCAUAUUUUUUUUUGCUCUGUAGAGCUAUUUUCCUUAUUUUCUUUGCAUGUUUUGCUAAAACCACAUGACAGAUCUAUGCUUGACAUGUAGGUAGCAUUUUCAUAAUGAAAUAACAACAUGACAAAAAUUUUCAUGGAAACCUAGAUCAUACACCACUAUAAUUUGGGGUCUCAUUUUUUAGCUGAUUUUGCAAUUUGUGUGUUUGACUGAAAUUAUUUUUCUUGCAUCAAACAUGACCCCCACUCUUCUUCUGAUUUUUUUUAGCACUGACAAUAUUCUUCAAGAAAAUGUAGGUUACAGACAUUUAAAAUGGGUCAUGAUGUGUGCUGCGGCCAUUGGAAAUAGGUCAGUUUUAUACAGAAGAAAGAAGAACAGCUAUUUAGUGUGUUCUAACCUUAUGACUGAUUAUUGUAAUUGAAGAAUGUUUGAAUAUGGAAUAUGGUAUGUCCAAUAGCUUUGAAAGAUUGACAAUAUAGCAUUCUGUAUACUUUUUAGUCUGUAUGCAUAUAGGGAUGUAGUUUGCAAUACAGGGCAAAUAUGUGAACAUUAAUCUCACAGUAAAGUUGAACCCAUCCCGAAGAGGCAAGAACUACCGGCAUAAAGAUGGACAGGCUUAUCAGCUGAGUAAACAAAUAAUGAGAGUUUCAAGGAGAGAGUUUCAAAUCAGCUUAUAGCCUCUUACUCAAUCCUGUAUGCCUUUUUGAUAUAUGUACAUGUUGUAAAUUAAUUGUGAUUAAUAAAAUAUUGUU